GACCGAAGGAGGCCGAAGCGUCCGACUUGACAAGAGGACUCGUGCUAUCGGCUCCGAGCAUCGCCCAGCGACUCAGCUGUGCGGCCCAAAGUGCUCCAGUUCGCCGCUACGACACCGCGGCGCGACGUCCGUUCCCGGAGUCACGCGUUCACGUCGCUUUGUUAUUGUUAUCUGCGUCAUCAUCAUCCCGGAGCGGGACAAGAUGGCGCGCGCGUCCGGUGCUUGUGUGAUUUUGAUUUUGGCGAUACUGGAAGCGGCAACCAGCGAGAAGUCAACGCAUUUCAGUCCAUUUUACUUCAUAAAGGAAAUAAUGCAAUAUUUGGGUGAUCCAUCCGAAGUUGUCGACACUUAUUCUGUCGCAGACAGGGAGCCGCCUACCGUGCCAAGUCUUCCAAACUUCACAGUUUCGCCUCAGGGUUUGACCACAGCCGAAGACCAACAGCCGCACAGCAGUUUCGAACCUGUGCAAAACGAGAGCGAGUUGUCCUUGAAGCUCGUCUCGGACUUUCUCGAGACGUCCGCUCCAAGUCCAAAAACCACAACUUCGCCCUCGCCCGAAAGUCACUCAAAUUUCCUGACAUCCCACGAGCAAGAUUCAAAAUCGGAGUCGGUUCCAGACCUUCAUCUGAUACCUGGUCCGCCGUACUCGAGUCAAGAAUCGUCCGUGGCGCCCGCAACGACAGCAACGACAGCAACGACUCCGAAAACCCAAAGACAGACGCAUGACCUGGCCCGAGUCCACGACUUCUACAAGCCAUCGCCCGACACGCAGAUGUCGGUAAUAAUACGCCAAGUCGGCGAGCUGAACAGCGUCGUGAACUACACAGAUCGAGGGAAGGACGAAGUCUUGGCUGCGUUCACGUCCCGGCCAACGUACCACCCGGACCCUUCAUGGACUUACAGGCCCCAGGCUUCGGAAGAGCAGACAACCACAAUGCCGGCAUCCAGCCACAUACCAUCGUCCACACCCCAGCAGUCGCACCACGAAAGUUCUCCUGACGAGAAAGAAGCGUCACAUGAUCCACCAGCAUGGAAAAAAACGGAAAGUUCUACCCCAAAAUCAUCCGAUGGAAAGGUCUCUCCCGUUUCCCCCGCUUCGUUUGGUAACUUCGCGAACUAACGUGAAUAAUUUUCCCGAAUUUCCCCGCGAGACUGUCCCUUCUCGGGAAUCUUCUACCGUGCCUAUUACCACAAGCACUUCCAAAGACAGUGGCCUCAGGACUUUGCACGGCACGCCCCUUCCAAAAUCACGCGAGCCGACCCACGCUCUCCAGACCUCUUCCAGCAACGUCCCGGGCGUGGUCUACGCCGAGAUGCCCGCGCCCGGUUCCGGCAGAGCAAGAGGCGAAACUUUGGAGUCGUCCGAGAACAGGGAAGCAGCGUAUCAUCUGUCCGGGAAGCGCGGCGGCGGUUCGUCCGGGAAGGACCUCGCGUCGUCCGAACGUUCGCGCUUCGCCUCCGGGAGUCCGUCGGCGAGGCUCGACGGCCACCAAGGAAGCUCUCGGGGUCGUCCACCUCCGGUAGGUCAGUUCCAGCCCGAGUACUUGCAGAGGGCGCCGCAGCCCCCGGCAGAGAAGACCCAGCGGCGGCGACCCGCGCACGUCCGGGACUGGACGGCCGACGUCGCGUCCUCGCAGGAGGCUGCUCUUCCUCCCGUCCCGGGCAUGUCUCCCCCGGGUCUGCAGGUGUACGGCUUCCCCCCUCACCAGGGCCUGCAGUACUUCGACCCCAGGUCGCAGCAGCAGGUCGCCGAGUACGAGGGCGUGCCCUACUACUUCGGCCAGAAAGACGCCAACUCCUACCGCACGUGCCAGCGACUGGGGCAGUACUACCCCUUCCUCCCGAUGCAGCCGGCGCCACCUCUGUAAACGAGACGCGUGAUCUCCUCGUCGCGGGUUCCAUUUCCUGAUAGGUUAAGAAACCAAAACACGUUCACCUUCGUUCUGCUUUUGGGAUCGGCUCGCAGUUUACCUGAUGGAGGACUCUUGAGCCGGUUGAAAAUCCUCAGCAUAUGAAGUAUCGGAUCGCAGACAAUCCAGUUAACAGGUGUCGCGAGUCAGUAGCCAAUGGGCAUUUGGCGUUUGCCCGAGUGAGUAGAAGAUUAUUUAAGUCCAGCCCAGAAGUUACUGAAACCGCAAAUUUCUGAACCUCGCCAUUAUACAGUUUCAAAUAUUUUGAUACCGCUAAAGUUUCCGUGUUAUUUUUUAUUUUAUUUUUUUGUUUGACAUGACACAGGACUUAGCUUUGGCUAAAUUGUUGAAAUCAAUACUUGUAAAAUUGUGAGAUUUUCAUGAUAGUUGUAGUCGCCCAAGUGAAAUAAUAAGUUAUUUCCUCACAUAAUAGAGCCUGUUGGUAAAUGUGUGGUUGCAGCAAGGUAAAUAAUAUCUGGGAUAUAUAAUUUAUCUACAGAUAUGCCAGAAAUUGAAAAAAAAAAUAGCUCGAAAUUAGAAUUAUAACAAAAAUAUGGAAAAAUUCAAGAUUGUGGGGCCUAAUUUGCCGUGUGAACUGUGCUGCAAAUUUUGUUUCUCCAGUUUCUUCGUUUUUACUCGUGAUUCUAAAUAAAUUCAUAUUUUACUACAAUUGAUUGCAUGAAAAUAUUUUUAUCAGUUGUAUAAGAGUUUUCUUAAUGUUUUUUAAAACCUUAAAUGCUAAUUUUUAUUCCAAUUAUAGCAUGAAUUGAAAGAAUGGAAUAGCGUGGUUUACAGUUUUGAACUAAUCGAUUGUACGUAGAUCUCUUUAUGCUAAAUAAAUAACAAUUUGAUUUUUCCAAAGCACUAAAAAAACUCAACAUUUAGGAUUUUAAGACCACCACAUUUUUUUACAUUAAUGAAAUAUAUCCUAAAAAUUAAGAGUUUUGCUGCUAAAGCUAUAUAAAUCGCUCCUUGGCUUUAAAGUUUAUGAAAACUAGUAAAUAAACACUUACUAUUUUGAUAAAAUCUUUUAAAUAAUUUAUUAUAAUUAAAUAAUAAAUUUAUUUAUUAUCAUGAGCAAAAAUACCAAAUUUUAGAAGCAAAAUUAUUUACGAUACUACCCCUUACAUGGUAAAAGCCAUGAAAAUGAUGCGGUUUGUGUACUUUUGAGUGACGAAAGUUCCUGAGUGAUUUAUUAUUACUGAAACACAAAGAAUAAGGACUUAAAUAGAUUUAAACUUAAUUUAUGCACUAUAAAUAUAUAUUUAUACUGUCAAAUCGAUUUUAUACGAUUUUUCUUCUCUUUUAAAUGUCUCGUUUGAUCAUGUUGAGUGAUAUUUAUAUAUAAAUAAUAUAUAAUUUAUUUUUAUUUAUUUAUUUAUUUGAUUUUCGGAAAUUUUGCAUUUGAAACAGUGCAAAACUACAAUGGCGUAUAUAAAAAAAAACUGCAUUAAAUCCAAAUUCUCCAUUGCAUGAACUAUUUAAAGAACAUAUGGUGCCCUUGAUGAAGUACUACAGGAACGUGUUUUUCCAAAUUUCACAUUCAAAUUUUACUUCACAUAACAUAAUGUUUUCAGACAAAUUUUAUACAAUUUUCAGUAGAUGACAAAGAUGUCUUUACAACUGUUAUGCUCUAUGGUGUACAUCUGGCAACAGGGCACUCCGAAACAAGGAUGGCGCUUACGGCGGAAAUCGAGCGUUGGAAAUGGAAAGUAUGUGCCCGUUUAAAAGCACAGUGAUAGGGGCUGACAUACCUUUGGGCAAGUAUAAUGUGCUUAGGACGUGUCUGUAUUCACUGGAACGUAGCACGUGCUUUCCCCGGGAAGUGACGUCACGAGGGUUGUCCUACGCAGGCGCGCAAGUAAAGGCCGGUCCACAAUGGCGUGGUGCUAAAUUUGUUGUCAGACGGACACUGAUCGCUGAUUGGUCCACGUGACCCUCUGACGUCAUGGGUGGUGUGCGGGCGAUGGGCCGAAUACAUUGGUCAGCUUCAACUUUUUGUCCCAACCUGUGUCCUUUGAAGAACACUCAUGAUAUCUGCUGUGUUCGGUUCCCGUUAAAAAAAAAAAAAAAAAAAGACAAACAGAAAAUAACGGACGAUGUGGUAGGGACAGGAAGCCCAGAAGACCAAGACGAAAUAUUGGUUAGUGCUGUCCGUUUGCGACCGCUGUUUUUUUCAAAGGCCGGACUCACGAAUUCAAUAUUGUCAGUGUGAUUAUAAUUAAUUAUUAGCAUUUACUUCUGCCUUACCAAAUAACUAAAUAUUAUUGAACUCUUAAAACUUUCACAAGUUAAAUUAAUAUUCAAAUCUAAGUUGCAUACUCAUUUACAAUUCAUGAAAACAAUAAACAAAAACCAUUAAAAAACACACCCAUUUUGGGGAUAUAUAUAAUGCACUCUAGUGAUUACUAUAGAAAUCAAUGGAUUCAGACAUAAGACAUACGACAUAGCAAAUGUAGACAGGCAGUUUUCCGUGCGACAAUGUGACGUCUUUCACAUUAGGAUAAGGAUACGUAACGCCCAUAGCUUCGGACUGUUGUAGACGGGGCCUUAAACGAAAUUUAUUAUCUACUCACGUACUUGCAAGUAAAUGAAUGUUGCUGUUUUGAAGAUAUGUUUUGUAUGUUUUAUAUCACAGCAAACUUAAGCAAUUAAAAGCCUCGUUAAAUCAUUUUCACUGUAUUUUUUUUUUACGUGAAUCAACAUAUGAAAAAUUAAUUUAAAUGUUUACAGGUUUGUAGGAAGUUUCAGCAAACACAUGUACAUAAUAGGCCUACUAUAUUAUAAUAAUCGUAAUUUAUUAAACAAACGUAUAAACACAACAAUAUUGACAUAUUACUAUUUAGUGUUAAAAAUUACUAUUUUCAGCUAAAUUUUGUGCUAGAAUUGAAAUUAUUUAUAUAAACAAAAAUAUUAUCAACAUGUUACAUUCGUAGAGGGGGGGGAAAAUACAAGUUCAAAUGGUUCUAGUUCACCACAAAGGCAAUAAAAAAAGUACGCGGGUAUUAAGUACAUAGCUGUGAACUUAAAUUCAAUCAUCGCCUUAGUCUACGUAGCUGCAAGUGUAUUUAUUUCGGUGCUUUGUUCAGUUUAAAAAAGUUUCUCUUCAACCCAGCAACUUUUGUAUCUUGCUUCUCAUGAGUCAACUAUAGGCAACAACUACAACAAACUACUUUACAAUUUUUUUUUAAUGCGAACCACAGACUUUGGUUUGUGGUUAUCCUUGUGUUAAAUAAUGGCAUCCCAUGAAAUAGUUAAUUAACAUUGACUGUUAAUACAAUUGACUGAGAUCAAUUACUUGCAAUAGUUGAGUUACCGAUUGUAGGUAAUUUUACACUGACGAGGUAAAUAACAGCCUUAUGCAUAUGUAAGUAUGAGCGGUAAAAAUAAAAGUUUUGAAUAAAUACCUUAGGAAUAAUUGAGUAAUAUGUUAAUUACACCGAAGAUAAAAGUGUGGCUGAUAUAAAAAAAAACUUUAAGUAAAUACAUAACAUGACCCAUGUACUGGCUUCAUCUAUAUCAGUUACUUUGUGUAUCCACGUAUAUUACGUUUAAAUGUUCGUGUGUGAAAUGUAGGAAUGUUAGACAUGCAGUUGAAAAAUUAUGAAUGUUAGUUUUCUACAGUCUAGUGGAAAAUGAACAUUAGCUGCAGUAAACAUUUCAAUUACUAGUGUAACGUUUCCAACAGAAUCUUUCUCGUUCCAGUUUCUCUUCCGGUUUAUAUCUGAUAAACGAUAUGCGUGGUAUGCGGUAUCUGCACUCGUGAUAGGUCAGUCAAGCUAAUAUGUGCAUACAGACAUUCCUGCUGUUGGACAGCGGCAAACGCAGCUGAUAUGCUUAUGACAUAUAUGAAUCAAACCAUGCUUAGUUUCGCCUCAUCACGUCGCGGAAAUACCUUUCCGAUAUCAAGUACGCGAAGCGCGUAUAAUCGUCCCUCGUUUUUGAUAAAAAAAAAAACAUACUUUUUUUUUGUCAAGUUUGCAACUUUGGUGAAAAGGGUUACGAAGAUCGUCUUGUGUCAGUGACUGUAUUUCAAUGCCCUUGCACUUCAGUAUGUUACAAUCUUAAGUAUUUCAUCGCAUCAGUCAAAACGCACGUAGAUAUGAUCAACUUUCUCCAAAUUUAGCAUAGGCCAAGAGGUGGUCGUGCAUGCAUUGUGGAUAGAGACCGUGGAUAGAGAUCGUAUUCAUUUCGUGGUAGGCUAAAAUUGAUAAACAUAUACAGAAUGGGGCAGAGAAACCAGGUGUUUUUAAAAUAAUAAUAAUAAUAAUAAUAAUAAUGGUGUUAGUUAUUGCUCUAAACAUAAUUCACUGAUAGAACUACAUAUGUUAGAACUAAGCAUUUUAAAAUAUUCACGAACGGAAAACUACACAUGGCGUCCAUUGUCCGUUUUCGUUGAUGCAUUGUUGAAGUCAUUCACGAAAGUUGGCCUCUUUCCAGCAAGUCUCUGUUAUUUCGAGUGGUUUCUUGACGGAUCGCUUCCCUUCAAUUCAUCUAACGUACGAGGUUUGGCCUCGUAAACACGUGACUUGAGGUAUUCCCAUGGGGAAAAAAUCACACAUGGACAAGUCAGGGGACUGAGAAGGCCAUAAAACGUCACCGAAUAUCGAAAUGAGACGGUUAGGAAACAGGCGACGAAGAACAGCCGUAGAUGCUCUGGCGGUAUUGAAACCACAAAUCUUGAAGAUCCACACCUCUUCUUUGUACAUCAGGUAUGGGAAAGGUGUUCAACAUAUGAAUGUAACGCUCAGAUGUAACAGUAUUUAUUGGUAAUCCCAUUUUCUUAAAAAAUAAAAAAAUAAAAAAAAAGGACCAAUGACGCCCAAUAUACCCACCGCGCACCAAACGGUUACCUUAGGGCUAUAAAGCAGUUUUCCAUGCAAGUCUCGCGGAUUGUCGUCAGCCCAACACCAACAAUGCUGUCUGUUGACGGACCUAUUAAGUUGGAAAUGGGUUUCACCACUCUUUGUCAACAACAUGUUUUCAUUCUGCUCAUAAAGCUCAAGCAUUUGCUGUGCGAAAUUCCAGCGUUGGGAGUUGAUCUCUUACAUUCAAUUACUGUACAGCCGCUAUUUUAUAUGGGUGAAAACGUAAUCCGCCGUGCAAAAAAAUCCAUCUUACAGUACGACUGCUGAAUUUGAAGUUUAGAUGAAUGACAACGAGCAGAGCGGCGUGGACUUUGCAGUAUGGCUUGUCUAGCCUUUUUCCAACGUUCUCUCUGGAGUGCGCACAGUAUGUUGAUGGUAGGAUGGAAAAAUUUUUUUUCGCUAUUGUUGAGCUUCCUGUUCAAAAAUUAUUAACCCAGCGUAAGAUUGCGUCUCUGGUGGGAACAGAGUCAUAUCGAUUGAUAUUGAAUCUCUGGCAGAAUUCACGCUGUACGUACCGCAGUCAUCGGCUCGCCACUCCUAACGAAAUAAUCAUAUGUAGAUAUGCGUUGCUCUAACGACCACGGCUCCAUGAUGACAACUGAAAGUGAAAUGCUUUUGAGUCAAGAAAUAUAUUGUAACUAACCGCGCGGCCCUCCAUUUUUCUAAUGGCUGAGUACUACCCAAACAAAAAAACACUUGGUUCCUAUGCCUCACCCUGUGUCAAUGUACUUUGUCUGCUAUUGGUUCAUUGUUUAUGCGGAGUACUGUGGGCCAAUGAGAAACCAUCGAACAGAUAAUUUUUGAGUACUACUCAAUCAAAAAAAAAAACACUUGGUUCCUAUGCCUCACCCUGUGUCAUUGUAAUUUGUCCGCUAUUGGUUCACAGUUUAUGCGGAGUAUACUGUGGACCAAUGAGAAACCAUCGACCAGAGAAUUUUUGAAUUAUAGACUAACCAGUGAAUAGGUCUGAUAAGUCACCAGCCAAUGAACAUGUGGCAUUUUUCCAAUUACGCAGAACACUGUGGAGUCAAUCCUGGAGGUCAUUAAACACGAGAAUGUUUCCUGCCCAUAAUUAGAGAUUCUGCUUGAAGUCACGUUUUAUCCAGCUGAUACUCUACUACUCCAUGUAUUAGGAACCACAACCCCCCCCCCCACCAAAAAAAGCUGGGCAAAAUGUAGUGCUUGCAUUGUGGAUACAAGUUAAAGAGUCCUUUAUUUUGUGGCAGUGAGUGUGUUUAGACGCCGGGAACUAUAACCAAUGAUUAUUAAUCAUCAUCAGACAUGGCCAAUCACCUUGUUGUAAUGUUUUGAGCGUGGAAAUAUGGAGACGUUUAAGUAGAAAGUAACUUCAACAUCAUUGCGUACCAUCUCCAGACAGUUCCUAGCAGCUUCAUCAAGGCUUCAUGUAGUCGCAAAGUUGGCAUGCUUGCCAAUGAAUACUGAAAGGUCUGAUAGCAAAAACCCAGUGUCAGAUAAUUAUUUUGCUAUUAACAGUUACGUUCUCAUACGAAGGAUGUGUCUGUUGAAAUUCGCUUUGCAACAGUGAAAAUCUUAAUAUAUAUAAAUCCAGUGUCCUGAUGUUUGUUUCCAGUGAACUCUUCACCAAGUCAACCGAUUUCGAUGAAAAUUGGCAUUUAUGUGUAAGUUUUUCCAACUUGAGAGAUAUGAUAGUUUUUAUUUCGAUUAAUGGUCUUAAUAAUUUAUAAUUAAUAAUAAACUGAUUAUCGAUGUUGAUUGGUGUUUAAGCCCGGGAAACAGUGGGUACUUCGUCUCCAUGACAACGUUGCGUGCUCGAGAGUCGGGAAACCAUCGGUGCUAUUCGUUUUUUCUUCGGUAAAUUACAAAACAUUGUAUUAAGUUUUUGUCAAAAUUAAUUAAUUUUCAUUUUAUUUAAUUUAUUAUAACUGUAAAUAAGAGAUUUGGUUUCAUUUUUCCCCCCAUUUAUACAACCGUGCGAAGCCGGGUCGGGCAGCUAGUCCUUUAGAUAUUCUUAAGAAAACUCUGUUGUAAGCUCAUGUCCAUGGAAAUAAGCGGUUUGACUUAAAUUACUUCUGCUUAAUUAGCUACGUUCAACUCUGUGUCAUAUAGAUUCUUUCCACUCUUAAAUAUGAGCAUUGUUUAUAAAUGAAUAUAGAAAAUACGAUUUAUCUCAAAUUAUGUACUAGAAGUCCAGUAAAUCAGUAUUUAGAUGCAUUUAGAUGCUGUGUACUCAUGUCACAUGAAAAAGUUGUUGCUUGUUAAAAUAUUAACAUAAUAUGUUUGCUAAUCUUUUGAAUUAGGCGUUAAACACAUUUAAAGAUGAAAGUUGAUGUUCUUGGUUUCAUUAUCCAAAGCACUAAAUAAAGGUAUAGAGGUACAUACAUUGCUAUCGAAUGUUGGUUAAAAACGUGAAAUGUAUACUAUGUACAGUUUGAUGCAGAUCAAAUGCAUUGUAAAUAAUUACGCAAAACUCAUCUGUUUCAUGAUUCUUGUUUAAAAAUUUUUUUAUUUAGAAAGGUAAUUUAUAUGCCUCUGCUAGAAGUUUAAACUAAAACAGUUAUAGUAACAAUUGUAAUAAUUAUUAUUUGUAUCAAAGUAAAAAUUUUGUUUAAUGAAAUGUAUGUAGAUUAAAUAAAUAUGAAAUUUU